AUGCUUUCAGAACUGUGUUUUCAUGACCUGGGCGAUGCACUCCCGCAGACGUACAAUGGAGAGGUGACGUCGGUGCUGACCACCGGCAGCCCAUUCGCGGAGGCCAUUUCCGCCUCUGCGACCAAACAAAAUGAUGUCUGGAAAAGCAGCAUGUUCUCUCUCCCCGACUUGGGCACCGACCUGCACAGCGAGCUCAAUCUGCUGAGCCUAGACAAAAGCAACAGCAGUAGCAACGGCGAUUUUCAGGCUGCCUCCUCCCACAUCUCUGCCGCGGUGCAACUAACGUCCAAAGAUGAGCAAAUGACAAGCCCGGGAACGGACUCUAAAACAACCAUUGCACCCACACCAAGCAUACACCAUUUUUCAACUGGCUCUGCUACCGCGCAGUCGAACAUGUCAUCCGUGAAAAAUAGCACCCCAAAUCCUCCUCUGGCGUGUCCUAUGGUAUAUACUCCACAAGCAACUCAACUCAGCUUUUCCUCGCUUAUGUCUGUCGGGAACACGACGAUGCCGCCUAACAGCAAUAACAAUACUAAUGGUGUGGCAUACCAGCAGGCGUCUCCAGUCACAACAGUGUCAAAUAACAUACCCGCCUUUUUUACGGCUGCGCAAAAUGGCGGCAACGUCGUGAUGUUUGCCCCGAAUAACUCGCCGCAAGCAUUGUGCAUUCCCGCCACAGGAACCGCUAUGAUCCCUUACUACUUCCUCACCCCACCGCAGCAUAGACUCGAAGUGAACGGGGCAAUGGCGUACUCUUCUUUGCCUACAACGCCGCAACCAAUGACACCAGUAAUGUACAGCCCAUGGCCUCCGAAUACAAGCUCCGUGGUGGGAUCUGGGACGCCAACCCCUGUCAACUUGCAUUCGAAUACGCCUGGUAUGCCGCCGAUGUUUGACACAUCAGCCAACGCGACGACUUCUCCGUCAAUUCCUCUCAGCUUUGGGGCGACAGAGGGCAGCCAGAACUCGCCAGGCAUCCCUCCGCUUGCUCAGGCGAGCGGUGAAGGCUCCGGUAUCCCAAAAGCUCCUCCAAGAGGCAACCCGCCGAGUUACGAUUCUCUCCGACUUCAGCUGGCAAAACGUCGCCAACCACCGGGGCGGCAGCGCUCUGGGACAAACGUUCAUGGAAGCCUUCAGGGAAUUUGUACGUACUACUCUUACAAUCUUUCUGCAGCACUCAAGCAAUAUGAGCAGCCCGAUUCCCAUGUCGAAAAACCUGUAGAACAGGUUCUGCCCGUGUUUAUUCAAAUGUUCCCUUGUGAAUUGAGAGAUCGCACCAUUAUUGUCCUAAACCGCGUGGUUGAGGCUACAUGUGGCCCUGACAUUGCCACUGUAGUGGGUAUUGAGCCGCGCUCCGAGACGUCGUUUAUCACGCUCGUUCGCACGAAUGGCGUUUGGCAGCUGAUCCACAAACUGCGUUGUCGUGUGUUGAUGGACCGUCAUGGAUUUUGGUACGCCGAGAACAUGGAGCAGUACCUGCGGCUCAAGGAGUACUGCGAGAGUGUGCGGCGGCUGCCGCAGCAGAUGCGCCACUUUCAGACGGACGGGCUGCCGUGCAUGCCGCUGGUGGUGGAGCUCUCGCGGAGUGUGAACGCGGCGUCCGUGACGUCCCCCCCGGCCCGCCGCCAUUUGACG